GCCAGUUUCAGACUUUUGUCUGUGGCGCGAGGCAGUAGUGGGGCUAUGGGAAUAGAGAACUUCGUGGGAGAAGUUUGUUCUCGCGGAUGAGUUAUUCGAGGUAGUGGUGGCGUGCGCGAGCACCCGCCAUAUAUCCAGGAAGUCGCGAUAGAGAAACCCGGUUGCAAAAGAUAUUUGAGAUAUUUCACUGAAUCGAGAACGUGUAAACGUUCAGCGAGGUCUAACCGGGGAUAAUAUCGGCAGAGCGCAUAGCACGGCGAGAGCGCACGGCGCGAGAUCUUUAAGCGGUGAACGGGAAGACGGUGGUGUGUUUUUCAUGGCGAUCAGUUCAUUAGGAAAGUAUCGUACCCUGCCACCGAUGUACAAGAUACGGGAAAGGUGAAGGAGGUACUCGCCGGACCUGACCUGCCCGAGAAGAACACCACGAAACAUAGCUUCUCACAUAUACACACACACUGUGCGUCACCGCCCAUAUGUGAUGUGUUUCGUGCGUUCGAGCGAAUGAGUAAUCAUGUACUGUCAAGACAAGGGCUCCACCGCCUCCAAGAGCAAAGAGGUUGCUAAAGAUUGCGCUUAUUAUGCACAGGGUCUGUGACAAUGCGGGAGAAGAAAGGAGGUGCUCUUAGCAGAGUACAAAAACUGAAAAAAAGGCUUAGCCACAGCUUUGGAAGACUUUCAAUAUCAAAAGAAGAGGCUGAUGAUGCUGCAAACAGGGGUCAACUGCCAUAUAAUGGCUAUUCCGAGGAGUUCCUAGACCGUUUAGAACCAAACGGCAAUAUACCUGCAGAUAAGGAUCGUCGUUAUGAAUGGACAGGUGUGGGCGACCAUGAGAGAGUGCAUCGGCAGCUUUCCGUUUCUAGUGAUUCCAAGCUUCUCGACGAGGAUAUACGUGAAGAAGCGAGAGUAAUCUUAAGACCUCGACGUCCACCACGACCCAAGUCAGAGGUCUUCCUUGGGCCAGAUCCACCUCCUAGAAGAACCAAGAGAUUUUCAGCAUUUGGGGGAGAUUCUCCUUUCGGUAAAUCCGAAGCUUAUAUAAAACUGGAACAAUUAGGGGAAGGAUCGUAUGCCACAGUGUUCAAAGGCUACAGUCAUCUUACAAAUCAAAUGGUGGCACUUAAAGAAAUUAGACUACAAGAGGAAGAAGGUGCUCCAUUUACUGCCAUCCGCGAGGCAAGCCUUCUUAAAGAAUUGAAGCAUAGCAAUAUCGUUACUUUACACGAUAUAAUUCAUACGCGCGAGACUCUUACUUUUGUUUUUGAAUAUGUUCAUACUGAUCUAUCGCAAUAUAUGGAGAGGUAUGGAAGCGGUAAUGGUGGUCUAGAUCCACGAAAUGUUAAACUAUUCUUAUUUCAAUUAUUAAGAGGAUUGGCGUAUUGUCACCGCAGGAGAGUAUUACAUAGAGACGUGAAGCCGCAAAACUUGUUAAUCAGUGAAAUAGGAGAACUUAAACUAGCAGAUUUUGGUUUAGCGAGAGCUAAAUCUGUACCGUCACAUACGUACUCACAUGAAGUUGUGACAUUAUGGUACAGGCCACCUGAUGUUCUUUUGGGUUCCACAGAGUAUUCUACCUCGCUUGAUAUGUGGGGAGUAGGUUGCAUAUUUAUGGAGAUGUUGACUGGUGAACCAACAUUCCCAGGUGUACGCUGUACGUACGACCAACUUGAUAAAAUAUUCAAAGUAUUGGGUACUCCUACUGAAGAAACUUGGCCUGGUGUCACACACCUGCCAGGAUAUAAACCACAUAGACUGGGAUUCUAUCCUCCACGAAAAUUGGGUCUUUCAUUUCCUAGACUCUAUGAUAUUGCCGAAGGUGAUAGUAUGGCAUCGUCGCUUCUGCAGUUAAAUCCGGAUCAACGGAUUGGAGCUGAAGAAGCGUUAAGGCAUUCUUACUUUGCCUCUCUUCCUAGAAAACUAUACGAGUUGCCUGACGAAGUAUCGAUAUUUAGUGUUGAAGGUUGUCAUUUGUAUACAAAUUCGAGGCACGGGUGUGCAGAUUCGCGUCACACAGCCCUUAAGACUUGAGGUUAAAGUAAACGUAAAGAAAAAAAAAGUAAAUAAUAAGUAAUUCCCAAAUUCACAUGUUCAAUGAAACGUUCAUUCUCAUACAGAUCAAAUUCACACAGGCAACAUGCCUUAAUUCACCUACACGUUAUUUCCACGCGCGUCAAUCGCUCUUUCUCAGGGCUGCUCUACAAAUUCCAAUCAUCGUUCACACACAUGUUGAUAUGUGCACACACAAACAUGAACACAUUCAUAUACAUAAUUGCGACAUUCGUAUUUUUGUUUCUUUUUUUCCUUUUUUUUUUUUCAAGACUAGUACACAUGUAUCAAAUGAAUUAACGAAGAUAAAUUAUUAACUGGCGAAGAAAAUACGAAAGUAAGCUAUCUGUGGCUAAAUGAAGUAAAACGAUUUUAUGAGAUUUGCACGCUCGAUUUAGAAAGCAAAAGCACGCACGACCCAUCCUCGCACUUCGUCCAAAUACUAGAUUUAGAUUGAUAUCAAUCAAAAAAAAAGUACUACACCGCCUUGUGUCUCUUGAUCCCAAACUGGAGAUGGCGGUUUCUGGUUAGAAAAAAUAUAAUAAAAUAAUUAUAACUUAGAAAAAUUCUGGAAGACCUGUAAUACUUUAUAUGAAUUUUAUGCUGUUUUUGACUUUACCGUUGGUUGCUGAGACAGUUGAAUAUAUUGGUAUAUAACGAAAAAAAUCAUUGUUCGAAUUAAAACUAGUUGUUAAUUAUAUGACGUGAUGAUAGAAGAUAAAUAGAAGUUUAAGAAAAUAAAAUAUCAAUACGAAUCAAGUGUCGUAGCUACCAACACCAAGAAACACGGCAAGACUAACGAAAAAAAACUCAUCGUUGAUGAUAUCGACGGUAGUGAUCUAGUUGUAAGAAUUAAUAUUAGCAUCUAGGGUCGAUCAAAGUUCAUUAUCGACAUUUACAAAGUAGUAUCUAUCAGUGAUAGUAAAACAAGAACGAAGUAAUAAUUAUAGACGUAAUCAAAUCCAAUUUGUUCAAUCGCUCAUAUAUUUAACAGCCAAUGGUGCUUGAACGAAUUGUAGGAAUAAAAUGUUAAUAAUUUCGUAUUAGUUACUUAGAAUGGACCGUUCGGCCAAUCUUGUUUCUAAAUGGUUUUCGAUGACCAUAUAUCUAAACGAACCAACUUUAAUAAUGUUGCAAUAGUAAUAUAGGAUAACAUAAAGCGGUGUUACAGUCCUUCCGAGUUUUCUCUAAGCUACGAUGAUUAUUACGGUAAAAUAUUACUCCUUUAGUAGUUACAUUUAUACCGAUUUUUCAGCACACUUAUAAAAAUAUCAACGAGGCGAAAGCAAAAAAGAAAAAAAAUUGAAAAAUAUUUCGAAAAAAUUUGAGACACGUUAUUACUACUAUUAUUACUUAUUAAAAAUUAUUAUUUGAAAAAAGACGCGCAGAAGGUAGAUUGUAUAUAGAACAACAGGUUCGUAUUACUGAUGAUGCUGAGAUAGCUGAGCUGAACUAAUAAAUGUGACUUUGUAAUAAAUUAAAGCGUAGUUCGGUACACUUCAGACCCUAUUCUUUGUUAGGUUUUUCCAUGUGCAGCAAGCCACAGGAUCGUUUAGACUUUUAAGUGUAACAUAAUACAAAAACACUUAUAUCUGUAAUACUUGUUCUGCUUAAGUAUUAAUUUUAUACACAUUUAUUUCCUUAUAAUUAUAUUUUAUUUGUAAUUUUUCUAAGAAAUUAUUGAUAUUCAAAUUGCUUCAAACUUGUACUGAGAAAGAUAAAGAACUAUGUUUUUGAAGUA